UUGUUAUUGGAGGGGAGCGCUAACAUGAAACAGACGACAUUUUGGCUCUGUGGCACAUUACCGAAUAGCUAAUCAUUAUCGAUAUUGAUCCACAGUGGGAAAGAUGGUUCCCUUGUUUCUCCACUGACAAAGUGUAGCAACUAAUACAGCCUACAGACGUGGGAUUUCUGUAAAACACCAAGGUACUGAGGAAGGUCGGUGCUCAUAUAUUCAGAUCUCGUGUCCAGCUAACUGAACAGGCUAACCUAUGAGGACUGCGUAACAGUGCUGGUGCGCUGAGUAAUGCAGGGAACCGGAAUUAUAUUUCUUAAAUGAGUUGGUGAGAAUGGACGGGUGGAGUCCCGUUGCUGGUACAGCAGCUUCUGACGACGAGCGGUCCAGCUCUGAGGGCGAAUACACGGUGAGGAGCUCGCCGCUGAAAGACUCCGAGCAGAGGGAGGAUGGAGCGCGGAUGGCCGUGGGAGCCUCGGGCGGGUUCGGCUUCUCCGGCUUGGACACCCUGAGUGCUCUGAGGUUGCACAGGACCGGGCAGUCCGCGGAGAAAAACAUUCGCUACCUGCACUCGCUAUGGGCGCCCGGGGCUCUGCUGCAGACGGACGCGGGAACUGGGAGCAAGCCGGGGAAGAUGACGGCGAGCCGUGCAAGAAGGCUUGGGAGGCUCCGGCGGAGUAUGGGACCCAUAGGAAAGGACCUUUAUGCUGUGAAAAGGCUCAGAGAAGCAGCCAAUGGAAACGAUAUUGACAUAGUUCGUAGAUUGCUGCAAGAUGGCAUUGACCCCUGCGCUGCAGAUGACAAGGGAAGAACAGCCUUACACUUCUCUUCCUGCAAUGGCAAUGAAAGCAUCGUUCAGCUCUUGCUAAGCUAUGGUGCUGACCCAAACCAGAGAGACAGUCUUGGGAACACUCCACUGCAUCUUGCUGCCUGUACCAAUCACGUGCCUGUCAUCACUACCUUACUGAGAGGGGGUGCCCGUGUAGAUGCUUUGGACCGUGCAGGAAGGACUCCUCUACACCUCGCCCGCUCAAAGCUCAACAUCUUACAGGAGGGAGAGUCGCGUAGCUUGGAAACCUUGCGAGGAGAAGUCACCCAGAUCAUUCAGAUGCUGCGGGAGUACCUCAAUGUGAUGGGGCAAAAUGAGGAGCGAGAGAAACUGGAGCAUAUUUCAUCUCAACUACAGCACACCCGCACUAAAGAACAGGUGGACGAAGUGACUGACUUGCUGGCCAGUUUCACGUCUCUGAGUAUACAGAUGCAGAAUAUGGGAGACAGGUAGAGAUGAUUGGAUGUGGGUGGAUAGUGGAAUAUGCUUACAAAAAGCUGAAUGGUGGUUAAAUGACAAAUAUCUGAGAUAUUUAUUAAUGUGUGACCAUAUGCUGUAGUUUUUUUUUUUUUUGACAGACUCUGUACAAAAGAGUAUGACUAAACGAACUGCCUUCACACCCAUGUUGUCCUGUGGAUAGAAAAAGAUUUUUAUGCCUUUCUGAUUUGAAUUGCAUGAUCUGUUUCCAGUCAUUACUGUUCACUGUAAGCCAUUUUUGUAAGUGAGUUGUUGAAACUGUUCCAGACAAUGACAAUAAAAGUGUCUUAAAAUUCA